AUGAAGGCCUCGGAUGUGCCAAGCUUGAAGGUGGCAGAGCUCAGGGAGGCGCUUAAGGAGCGUGGCCUCUCGACAACAGGGACGAAGGCCGUGCUUGCGGAACGUUUGCUGACAGCUCUAGCUGCGGAGGAGAAGGACGGCAAGGGUGCUUCGGACUCCCCUUCUGGCAAGGGCGACUCCUCUUCCGAAGACGCCGCCGACGCUCCUGAGCCCAAGGGCACAACACAGGUCGAAGCGCAAACCCAGCCCACCCCAUCCAAAACUGCCGACAAAGCCGCGCCAGCAGCCAGAGCAACAGCGAAACCCGCACCGUCCGAUGAGCCUAAGGCGCCAGAGGAAGACAAGCAAGGCGCAGCGUCUGUUAACCCCGGGGCGGACUCUGAACCCCCCUUAGCAGCAGAAGCACCGGCAGCAUCGGUAGGAGCAGCAGAGAACUCAGCCCGCUCACCUGCAAAGUCUAACGACCCGGAAGACGAACAGCCUAGGGCGGCCGGCGACGGCGAAGACCAGCCCGAAGCUGCUAAGGCCAAAGAGGUUGUGGAAGACGUGAAGGUGGAGGAUGCUGUGAUGACGGAAGCGCAACCAGAGGCCGGGGGGGGCCCUGAAGCGGAGCACGAGGAACAGGUGGAUUACGGCACGGAUGAGAUUACAGCACCGGACGAGUCGGUCGAGGACGGAGGGCCUCUUCCUCCGCGGACGGAGAAGAUGGGGCUGGGGGAAAAGGAGGGAGGUCAGUCGCAGGCCGAUAAUUCCGUAGACGAGCAGCAGCAGCAGCAGCAGCAGCACCCGCCGAAGUCACAAGGGCGAAGGACAGGGCAGGCGGACGAGGAUACAGCCAUGGCGGACGCUGCCGCCGGCGAUGCCGCCGGCGCUGGCAAAGAGGCAGAUGCGGACGGUGUCACUGAUGGACAGGGCGCUCCCGCCGAUGGCGGGGGCGAGGCGGCGGCGCCGGGGACGGCUGUGGGGGCGGCGGCGCCCCUCACGACGCCCCCGGCAUCGGCGGGCAAAGAGGAUGUCAAGGAGUCUGCGGCGACGGGGGGCAGUGUGCGACAGGACGCCGGUACGCAGCAGCCUAGUGCAGCGGUGGUAACCACCAAGCCGCCGGCGAGGCCGGACCCAACGCCGCCGCCAGCCGCCGGCAGCGGCAGAAAGCGGCAGCCGAUAGAGUUUAAGAUGGAUGAGGUCGAACAGCGAGUGGCAGCGAAGCGUGCAGCCAGGGAGGCGACGGCAGGGGAGGGCGUGGGGGCGGCAUCGCCGGCCGAGGAGAAGAUCACGCCCGCAUCAGGGCCUGCGGUAACGGCUGCGCCAGCAGGCAAGGCGCAGUCUUCAGCGGCAGCAGCAGCAACACCACCGGAAGCAACCACGAAGGUGCAGGCGCAGGCUGUCACGGAGAAGGACGUCCCGGCAGCGGCGCCGCCGGUGCCGGAGGCGCCGGAGGUUCCUGCGGUGGCGGCGGCUGCGGCGGCAGCUACCGAGCGGGCUGCCAAGCUUCAGAAGUUGGACGCGGCAGGGCGCAAGGCGGCUGGGCUGGUGGGUGCUGCAAGACCAGCGGGAGGAGCACCUGCGGGGCCAAAGGGUGGUGGUGGUGGUGCGGCGGCGGCGACGGUGGCGGCCAAGAGGCUGUCUGCGCCGCCGCCGCUGGAGGGCCCAGCUACGAGGGCGCUGCGCAUCGACGGCUUUGUGCGGCCGUUCACUGAAAACCAGGUACGGCAAUUUAUGUCGCAACAUGGCACUGUCGAGGAUCUCUGGAUGCCCACCAUUAAGAACUACUGUUACGUGGUCUUUGCGGAGGUGACGCAUGGAGAGGCAGCGGCGGCCGCCACCAACGGCGUCGUGUGGCCUUCUGGCAAUCCCACCAGCAUACUGAAGCCCAGCUACGUGUCCCCAGAAGAUGCCGCAACGGCCAUCGCUAACGGGCGCGCGGGCCUGAUGGAUCCGCCCAAAGGAGGCGGCGCCGUCGGGGGCCCCCUGAAGUCCCCCGGAACGGCGGCGGCAGCCGCUGGCGGCGGCGGCAGUGGCAGUACACUGGCAUCGCCAAAGGGGGGCCCGGCACCAGCACCGCUGGCGGUGGUCGGUGCGGCUGGAGUACGUCGCGACACGCUGACGGCGGCGGUAGCGGCGGCCGCGGCCGAUGCAGCGGCAGCGAAACAGAAGACGCCGGCGGCGGCAGUGGCCGCUGGUGCGAAUACCGCCGCUGGUCGGAAGCGAUCCGAACCGGAGGGGGAGUUGCCGCCAGCGGCCGCUGACGCCAGCACAGGCGACGCAGGGGACAACGCGGCAGCGGCGCAGCCGGCGGCGGUCGCCGAGGUCGUCGCUGCUCCGGAGCCGCCGGCGCUUUCAUUGGACGACUUGUUCAAGAAGACCAAGUCCAAGCCGAUCAUCUAUUGGCUCCCGCUUUCGGAGGAAGUGGCGGCGGCGGCGCGGAAGAAGCGGAAGGAGGAGGAGGCCGCGGCGCGCAAGGCCGAGGAGGAGGAGGCCGCGGCUGAUCAGGAGCGAGAGCGGGCGCGCCACCAGCAGCCGGAUCGUGACCGUGAGAGGGACAGGGCGGGGGAUCGCGGCGGGUGGGGAGCCCUGCCACCGCCGCCACCGCUGCCGGGACCGCCGCCGGCACGGGACGGCCGUGGGGGGUACGACAGGGACCGGCAGGGGUACGGCAGGGAUCGCAGGUAA